CUUUUUUGUGUGUAUAUCUUUGCUAAUUGUGAGCCGAUUUUGAUCAGUCUUUUAUUAAUCACAUUAUAUAUACUUCUGUAUUUGUCGUAUUAUUUGUGUUUCGGUUUUCAUGAUGAGAAAGUUUUUGAAAUAUUGAAUUUUUUUAAACAAGCGGACAGCCCAUCUAUAUAGUGGUAACCACAACCUAAAGAUAUGAACAGUACCAUGACUGUAACAAAGUAUAUUAUAUCACCUGUGAUAUCCUUCAUACAUUUCAAUUUCAAAAGACUAUGCUGUUAUGCUUGUACCUUGUAAUUUCACAGCUAUAUCUCACAAAUUCCUUCCUUCAUACCAAAAUAUACGGCAGAAAUACAAAUGGCAAACAAAUACACUAGUAGACAAAAAAAAAUUUAAUACGAAAUAUAACACCUUAGUCUUUAAGAAUGGCAAUGUAUUCAUACAUUGAUUGUCGCAAAACCCUGUUAUUUGUUUCAAAAACCAAAUUACUGGAACGAUUAUAAUAAAAUUUCCAUGGGACUAUAUGUAUAUAUCAGAUAAAAAAAAUGAUAUUUCCAAAUUGGUUUAUAAAUAAUGGAGUUCUAAGUUCUGAAUUUCGAUUUACAAUUGUAUACAGAAUCGAUACGGUUUAUGUAAUGUGGUGCAGCAUUAUUCCAUGCUCACAUUUACAUUUUACACAAAAAGGUGUAAUUAAAUUUUCGUCUCGUUUUUAUGAUUGCAUUGCCAGUCUGCUAAUACAUAGUACGUUAUAAUAAGUCUAUGCUUUCAUCAUACCACGUCUAUCUUCUCUAUGGAAAAUUUGGCUGAUGCUUUCUGGCCAAAACCUAAUCAAAGGCUAAUGAAAAAAAAAUGUAUAGAAAAAUAAAAGCCGCGAAAAUUAAAAAUAUUUUCAGAUUUAGAACUUUCCAUUGUUUUAAUGUAAAAUCUAUAUUGUCAUUUAACGACUUCAAAAAAGCCCAGUAAUAAUAAAUAGAUAGCGGAUUGAUUUUCGACGAUGUUACUAAAUCAACUGCGAUACAUUAAAUUUAAAGUAAGUUUUAGUUUUACCUCCAAUCAACAAAGAUGGUAUAACGUAGAGAAACCGCGAUUACAAAACAUAAAACCUCAAGAUGCGAUACAAAAGGAAACGAGGACUAUCGAUGCACCUGCAUCAAAUGAACAUUUACUUGGUGAAAUAUUUCCUGCUGCUAGAAUAGUCCCGAUGGUAUUGACAAAUAAAGAGCCAGUGGUGUUAUCAUUUGACGAAGUGCCUGGACCAAAGUCGCUGAAAUAUAUUUCAAAAGUGCGUUCAUAUAUGUCUGAAAUCGGCACACAGCUCACAGCCAGCAUCCUAACUUUUGGUCUUAAUAUUGGAGCAUACAUAAACAAUAGGAAACCACUUCGGAAUCUUUCGAUACUGUUCGACGAAUAUGGUCCGGUAGUACGCUUCGUGAGUCCAGUCGGAGGCGACAUAGUCCUGAUCAAUCAUCCUGAUCAUAUCCAAAAAGUGUAUAUGAUGGAAGGCGAUUGUCCUGUCAGGUCGACGCUCGAUUCUCUGGAGAAAUAUAGGACAGAGCAUAGGAAUCGUGUGUAUGCUGGAUUAUACACAGUUCAUGGACAAGAAUGGAUGCGCCAAAGAACGGUUGUAUACAAUCCACUACACAGUUCCGUCACACAGCACAUCCAGGGUAUCGACGAUGUGUGCGAGAACUUUGUGCAGAAGGUAUACAAUCUGAGAAAUAAUCAAGACGAAAUCCCGAAGGAUUUGUACAAAGAGCUUCACAAGUGGUCUUUUGAUUGUAUGGGAUUGAUACUAUUCUCCAAGAAAUUCACGAUGCUCAACACUGAACUGGUGUACAGCCAAUGCGAUAUGUCGUGGCUGUACCACAGCUUGGAGAAGGCCACCCAGGCUAUAAUCAAGUGCGAAACUGGCUUGCACUUCUGGAAAUUAUUCACUACACCCGCUUGGCAUUCUUUGGUGAAAUAUUGCGAUAGCUUAGAUAAUUUAAUUGGAAAACAUGUUAUGGAAGCAGAACAAGCAAUUUCCUUUAAAACCCAAGACGAAAUAGGUAAAAAUUCACUGAUCAAUGCUAUGCUGAUGAGUGAUGCGAAAAUGAAUGCUGAGGAUAUUGCUACUAUAAUUAUGGAUAUGCUUCUCAUUGGAGUUAAUACGAUUACUUCAUCGAUGUCUUUCAUGUUAUAUUAUUUGGCAAAAUAUCAAAGAUCACAGAAGAUACUUUAUGAAGAAAUAUCCAAAUCAUAUAGAAGUGAUGGAUCAAUUGAAAUUGACAACAUCAAAGAGGAAACUCCAUAUCUUCAAGCUUGUAUAAAAGAAACUCUAAGGUUAGUUCCACCGAUCCCUGUGCUGACGAGGAUUUUGUCAAAAAAUGUUACAUUAGAUAGAUACAACAUACCUCGGGGGACCCUCAUUAUAAUGUCAACGCAGGACGCGUCACUGAAGGAGAACAAUUACGAUGACGCCACCAAAUUCUGUCCAGACAGAUGGUUGAAAACAGAUGCCAAAGAUUACCACGCAUUUGCAUCAAUUCCUUUCGGUUUCGGUGCCAGGAAAUGUAUUGGACAGAAUAUAGCCGAGACUAUGUUGUCAAUGUUAACUAUUCGACUUAUACAAAAAUACAAACUGGAAUAUCAUUAUGGUGACAUUGAACCUACAAGAUCUUUUAUUGCAAAACCAAAUAAACCUUUGAAAAUAAGGUUUGUUGAUAGAAUUUAACAUUUUGAAUUGUGAUGUGCUAUAAAAACAUACAUAAUAAAAUUGUAUAAAUUAUAUUUGAAGAAUUAAAUUUAUUUCAUACAUUGUAUGUAUAACUAUAUAAUAAAAUAAAAAUAUUAAAUUUCA